UAUCAAGUGAAAAGGCUGUGCUGCCGGACGUAAAGCAGAGUCUCAAGCUACUGUUGUGUGCUAUCUGUCCAUCUUCUGGCCUGAAAGGGAAGUCAGAGAAAGAAGAAAAGAUGGCAGUUUCUCGGGUGUAGUGCUUGCUGUCAAGCCAAGAGGCCUGGCUUGUGGAGGCAAAUCACAGUCUGAAGAUACUGCUUCUUUUCAUUUUCUGGCCUGAAAAGAAAUUGAGAGAAAGAGGGAGAAAUGACACUUUCUCAGUGCUUGGUGACCUAUGAAGAUGUAAAAGUGAUAUUCACUCAAGAAGAGUGGGCACUAUUAAAUUCUCCAGAGAAGAAACUCUACAGAAAUGUGAUGUGGGAAAACUUUAGAAACAUUCUGUUGAUAGGAAAGUUACAAGGGGAUCAUUCCAUCAAAGAAAAAUAUAAUGACCAAGGAAGUAAAAGUAAUAUAGUGAAAAUCUCUGAGGCCAAAGAACAAAGUCAAAAUGGUGAGAAACCUCAAGAAUGUGAAGUAUACAACAAAGUAUUCAGUCAGCUUAAAAAACAGAAAAGAAUUCCUGUUGGAAAGAAAGCUUAUCAAUGUAAGCAAUGUAGUAAAACAUUCAGUCAACCCGGUGAUCUCUGGAGACAUAAAAAAACUCACAGUGGAGGGAAACUCUAUGAAUGUAAACAAUGUAGGAAAACAUUCAGUUUUUCCAGUAAACUUCAGACACAUGAAAGAACGCACAGUGGAGAGAAGCCCUAUGAAUGUAAACAGUGUAGUAAAGCAUUCAGUGUUUACAGUUCUCUUCGGACACAUGAAAGAAUCCACAGUGGAGAGAAACCCUAUGAAUGUAAACAAUGUAGUAAAGCAUUCAGUGUUUCCAGUUCUCUUCGGAUACAUGAAAGAAUCCACAGUGGAGAGAAACCCUAUGAAUGUAAACAAUGUAGGAAAACAUUCAGUUGUUCCAGUAAACUUCAGACACAUGAAAGAACGCACAGUGGAGAGAAGCCCUAUGAAUGUAAACAAUGUAGUAAAGCAUUCAGUGUUUCCAGUUCUCUUCGGAUACAUGAAAGAAUCCACAGUGGAGAGAAACCCUAUGAAUGUAAACAGUGUAGUAAAGCCUUCAGUGUUUCCAGUUCUCUUCGGACACAUGAAAGAAUCCACAGUGGAGAGAAACCCUAUGAAUGUAAACAAUGUAGUAAAGCAUUCAGUGUUUCCAGUUCUCUUCGGAUACAUGAAAGAAUCCACAGUGGAGAGAAACCCUAUGAAUGUAAACAAUGUAGGAAAACAUUCAGUUGUUCCAGUAAACUUCAGACACAUGAAAGAACGCACAGUGGAGAGAAGCCCUAUGAAUGUAAACAAUGUAGUAAAGCAUUCAGUGUUUCCAGUUCUCUUCGGAUACAUGAAAGAAUCCACAGUGGAGAGAAACCCUAUGAAUGUAAACAGUGUAGUAAAGCAUUCAGUGUUUCCAGUUCUCUUCAGAUACAUGAAAGAAUCCACAGUGGAGACAAACCCUAUGAAUGUAAACAGUGUAAGAAAACAUUCAGACUAUCCAGUUAUCUUCGGACACAUGAAAGAACACAUAGUGGAGAGAAACCCUAUGAAUGUAAACAGUGUAGUAAAGCCUUCAGUGUUUCCAGUUCUCUUCAGAUACAUGAAAGAAUCCACAGUGGAGAGAAGCCCUAUGAAUGUAAACAGUGUAGGAAAACAUUCACACGAUCCUGUCAUCUUCAGAUACAUGAAAGAACGCAUAGUGGAGAGAAGCCCUAUGAAUGUCAACACUGUAGGAAAACAUUCAGUCGUUACAGUAAUCUUUGGAAACAUAAAAGAACUCACAGUGGAGAGAAACUCUAUGAAUGUAAACAAUGUAGGAAAGCAUUCAGUUGUUCCAGUUAUCUUCGGUCACAUGAAAGAACUCACAGUGGAGAGAAGCCCUAUGAAUGUAAACAGUGUAGGAAAACAUUCACACGAUCCUAUCAUCUUCGGAUACAUGAAAGAACGCAUAGUGGAGAGAAGCCCUAUGAAUGUCAACACUGUAGGAAAACAUUCAGUCGAUCCAGUCAUCUUCAGACACAUGAAAGAACUCACAGUGGAGAGAAGCCCUAUGAAUGUAAGCAGUGUAAUAAGACAUUCAGUCAAUCCAGUCAUCUUCGGACACAUAAAAGAACUCACAGUGGAGAGAAUGUCUAGGAAUCGAAACCAUGUAGUAAAGCCUUUGGUGAUUCCUCUACUCAUCAGGUACUUGAACUCACAUGGAGAGCAAGCCUAUGAAUAUAGAUGAUGCAGUGGAACAUUCAGUCAUUUCAGUCAUCUUUAAUCACAAGAAAUAAUGCACAAUGGAGAGAAACCCUAGUAAUGUAAUAUAGACAAUACAGAAAACCUUUCAGUUCUUCCACUACUCAUAGAGCAUAUGGAAAUAAGCCCAGUGUUACUUAAACAGUGACCUUGGUAAUCUUCAGUCACAUGAAAGCGCUCACAGUACAGAGAAAACAUUAAGUAAAAUUUUA